GUGUCCCAUUGUGAAUAGUGAACAAGAUGGACAUAGCCCCUGUCCUUGAGGAGCUUCUAUUCAAGUCAGAAGCCCAUUAAAGGAGUAAAUAAUUAAGAUUUCAGAUAACAGUAAACGCUAUGAAGGAAAUUGUGUGAUGUAGUAUCUGGAGAGGUGGUCAAGGAAGGCUUCUCCAAGGGGGGGUAUUUGAACUGAGACAAAUGAUGGAAGGAGCCAACAGUGUGCGUCACAGGCAGGGGACGGGGAGGCUGAGUGGAAAGGCCCUGUGGCAGGACUGAGCUUGGCAUGUUGAAAGAACAAGCUAAAGGCCUCCGUGUGCAAGGGAGGCUUGUUAAAGAGAUGAGUUGGAGAGAGAGAUGAGUUUGGAUUUUAUUCAGUGUGGAAGAAAGCCAUUGAACAAGUACCUGGUCUGAAGUAAACGUUCAGUAAAUGUUUGUUGAAUGAAUGAAUGAGAGUCUUAAAAAGAGGAAUGACAAGAUCUGACCAUUGCUCCCAGGCAGUAAGAGGAGUGCAGAGUGCUAAGGGAGGGAGCAGAAAGAUCAUAUUUGGGUUAAACUAAAAUGAGUGUACAGGCCUCUCUGCUUUCUAACCCUGAGAAGUCUUUCAGGUGUGGUCAGGGGCCCUGAGGCCUUCCUUAGGUUUAGAACAAACCUCUUGAUUAAUCUGUGCCCCUGGUUGCCAGGAAACAGCUGUGAAGCCUUUGAGUUCCUGUAAGGGCUGAACUUAGUUUUUUGUGGUCACUGCUUUCAACACUUGGUGACAGCAGCUUCCCACCUCCUUUGCUUCUGCAGUGUGUGAUUUCCUCAUAGAUCUUAGAGGGGUGGAACUGUGGAAAACCCACUGGAAUCCUCAGGAUGCUUGUGUUGUGACAGGUGACUUCCUCCUGCCUUGGCCAGGAUUGCAGGGCCUCAAAGAGUAGCCCUUGGCUGCCAGAUCUUUCCUCUCACCCAGCAUCCCACAGGCUGCCCUGACAGUAAACCGGAAAUGGAGUGCCAGCAAAGAGUAAAAGUCCCUCGCAAUUUCCGACUGUUGGAAGAACUCGAAGAAGGCCAGAAAGGAGUAGGAGAUGGCACAGUUAGCUGGGGUCUAGAAGAUGACGAAGACAUGACACUUACAAGAUGGACAGGGAUGAUAAUUGGGCCUCCAAGAACAAUUUAUGAAAACCGAAUAUACAGCCUUAAAAUAGAAUGUGGACCUAAAUACCCAGAAGCACCCCCCUUUGUAAGAUUUGUAACAAAAAUUAAUAUGAAUGGAGUUAAUAGUUCUAAUGGAGUGGUGGACCCAAGAGCCAUAUCAGUGCUAGCAAAAUGGCAGAAUUCAUAUAGCAUCAAAGUUGUCCUGCAAGAGCUUCGGCGCCUAAUGAUGUCUAAAGAAAAUAUGAAACUCCCUCAGCCUCCUGAAGGACAGUGUUACAGCAAUUAAUCAAAAAGAAAAACCACAGGCCCUCCCCUACCCCCCAUUCGAUUUAAGCAGUCUUCAUUUUCCACAGUAGUAAAUUUUCUAGAUACGUCUUGUAGACCUCAAAGUACUGGAAAGGAAGCUCCCAUUCAAAGGCAGUUUAUCUUAAGAUACUGUAAAUGAUACUAAUUUUUUGUCCAUUUGAAAUAUAUAAGUUGUGCUAUAACAAAUCAUCCUGUCAAGUGUAACCACUGUCCACAUAGUUGAACUUCUGGGAUCAAGAAAGUAUAUUUAAAUUGAUUCCCAUCAUAACCGGUGGGGCACAUCUAACUCAACUGUGAAAAGACACACCACGCAAUCACCUUGCUGCUGAUUACAUGGCCUGGGGUCUCUGCCUUCUCCCCUUCCCCUCCCCCUGCCUCCUCCCUCCCUGCAACAGCCCUCCAGCUUGGGGUGGCUUCUUAGAGUAGAUGUAAGGGUUUCAGGUCACAGCCUGUGGGACUCCUGCUGGGUGUGGGGGAUGCUUCGUCUGCACCCCUGGUUUCUUUCUUUAAGUCUUAAAUGCUGACCCCCUUCCAAGCCACCAUCCUCUUCCCACUCUCCAUUACCACCCUUGGCCGAAGCAUAGAUUGUAACCCCCUCGGCUCCCCUCUGAAAUUGGCCUUUGGUGAGGAAUUCAGGGCUUUCCCCAUAUCUUCUCCCUCCACCUUAAUCGAGGGGUGCUGCUUUGUCCUUCCUCCUCCUCAAGUCCCUUUUUGCACCAUCACCACCCAACACUUUCCAUGACACUUCCUUGCUUUGGCCAGAAGCCAUCAGGUAAGGUUGGAAAGCAUAUCUGACCUCCCUCAUUUAGUUUUGGAACCACACUUACUUACUCUCCACCAGCCUGGGGAAUGAAUAUUGGGUUCUCAGCCCUGCCACCCUCUGCUGUCAUCAUCAGCUGAUACGUUUACUUAGCUCAGGUUUUGAUAAGGUGAACAGAACAGUCACCAGGGUCACAGACCUGCCAGCUCUCAAAGUCCUUGGUGGUUAAACUUGGAGAAAGGCCACAGAAGACACUUGUAAGCACACACGAUCCCUCUGAAUGAAUUUUCUUUUCCUGUAAUUGCUUUAGCUUUUAAAAAUUGAAGAAGUUUUAAACAGGGCUCUCAUUUGGUCAUCCUUGCAAUCCAUUUGAGUCUAGUUUGGAAUCUGACAACUGGAACAAAAAGAACCAUGAACUCGGUGCACACUUUGGUUUCGGUGCUGCUGCUUCUCUCGGUCCUCAGCAGGGAUAAGAAAGAACUCGGUGUGCACGGCAGAUCCCCGGAAUUCCUGGCCAAUGGCUGCGUUUUUCCACUUUUCUGUUCAGGACCACUAAAUGCUGAGAUGUUGGACGCAUACCGAAAUAAAAGCAAUUCAUUGUGUUCUAA